ACUGCUAAGAAAACCAGACAAUGAAAACCAGAGCCGAAAGAAAACACACAAACACAGAGAAAGUGAAAAGAGAGAGAGAGAAAACAGAUGGAUGAAUUGCUUCGAGGAAAUCCACCGCCAUAACCACCAUCUUCUUCAACAGCUUCUUAACUGCAAGAAACAAUCUUUUUUUUUUUUUUAAAAAAAAAAAGCUUAGAAAAUAGAUCAAAAACAGAGUAAAGAAGAGGGGUUAUUUUUUGAAUGUAAAUGCAUAAGAAGAAAUUUGAAAUUCCGAUCGGAAAAGCAAGCAGAGGAGGCAUAUCAUCUUCGGAUAAAUCGAAUCAAACCCAACCAAUUUUUCUCCCACAAAAACACAUCCAAAUCCAUAGCCAGUACCAAACUCACUUAGACCCACAAAUUAGCUCCCACUUUGUUUCCAAGCAAACCCAUCAUCAUCAUCAUCUUCUUCUUCAACCACAACAAUUCCAUCACUCAACAUCACCAAACCCACCACCUACAACAAAACCAACCCAACAAAACCAUAACCAAUUUCCUUUUCAUGAGGAACCCAUCUGUUCCUCCUCACCAUCACAUCUCCUCCUUUCUUUACCACACAACAAAAGGCCUAUAAUGACACAUUCACUUUCCCACUCUCCCACUCUCUCUUCCCUUCGCAACUAUCGCCGCGUCGCUUUGAACUCCGAUUCCUCUUCUUCCUCUCCUUCUUCUUCUUCUUUCUUUUCGCCUUCCUUUCUCUGUUCUGCUUCUUUAUCUGCUUUUCCUUUCGCUACGAGAUCGAUUGCUCUCAAAGUUUUUCGCCAUUUUCGCUGUGCCCAUUUGCUUAGAGUUCACUUCCGCCUUCUUAUACUACUCUCUUUGCCUCCAGUUUACUUCUUCAUCUCGAACACCCGGCGCUCCUUCGUCUUCGUUUUCGUUUCCGUGGUCGCUUUCUCCGCGGCCCUUUUGAUCUCUCUUAAUAUUGGACUCCCACGUCUUCUCUCAAUCCGAUUGUUUCUCACCCGCUCGUUGCCAACUAAGCUUUGUUCGUCUUCCUGCAUCUCAAAGCCUUCUCAGCCAGUUGUUUGGUCAAUUGGGUCGAAGCCCAGGUCGGAGAAAAGGGCAAAUUCAGGAUCUUGGGUACAAGUUUAUAGUAAUGGGGAUGUUUACGAAGGUGAAUUCCAUAAAGGAAAGAGCUCGGGAAGUGGGGUUUAUUACUACCACAUGAGUGGGAGAUAUGAGGGAGAUUGGGUUGAUGAAAAGUAUGAUGGCUAUGGCGUGGAGACAUGGGCUAGAGGGAGCCGAUAUCGUGGACAAUAUAGGCAAGGUCUAAGGCAUGGAAUUGGGGUGUACAGGUUUUACACUGGGGAUGUUUAUACUGGAGAGUGGUCUAAUGGGCAGUGCCAUGGCUGUGGAAUUCAUACUUGCGAGGAUGGCAGCCGCUAUGUUGGGGAAUUCAAGUGGGGUGUCAAACAUGGAUUCGGUCAAUAUCAUUUCAGAAAUGGGGAUACAUAUGCUGGGGAAUAUUUUGCAGACAAGAUGCAUGGGUUUGGAGUCUAUCAAUUUGCAAAUGGGCAUAGAUAUGAAGGCGCCUGGCAUGAAGGAAGGAGGCAGGGGCUUGGCAUGUACACUUUCAGAAAUGGGGAAACACAAUCUGGUUACUGGCAAAAUGGAGUUAUUCAUGUUCCCAGCACGCAUAAUUCAGAUCCUGGAUCUCCUUAUGCUGCCAAUAAUUCUAAAGUUCUAAAUGCAGUCCAGGAAGCACGGCGAGCAGCUGAGAAAGCUCGUGAUGUCCCAAGGGUGGAUGAAAGGGUGAACAGAGCAGUAGCUGCAGCUAAUAAAGCAGCAAAUGCAGCGAGAGUUGCAGCUGUAAAAGCCGUCCAGAAACAGAUGCAUCAUAACAAUACUAAUAAUAAUGAUGCAACUCUACUAGUCUGAUUUUGGAACACACCAUUCUGCAAUCAUCAUCGCAACUGUGCUUCCACCAAUAUAUGUAUAGAGUCGGACGCACGAGGAAUGCAACGUAAUGGAUUUUUCUUAGUUUUCUUUAUGGUUUUUGUUAUUUUUCCUUUCAUUUGCAAAUAUCAAAAUGCAAAUUUGAGCUGCCUGCCUGGAACCACAUUCAGUCAUUUUGUGGAUGUGAAUGAGGAGCAGAUGGGUUUCUCUUUUCUUUCUUUGUUUUUGCCUUUAUGGCCUCAACAAUUAUGUACAUAUGAUGAGUAGGGAGUGUUACAAAUUAUGAACAAAACAAAGUUUGGCGCUAAGGUGCCCGAUUAGCCUAGGGUUUGAUGUCAAGAUUUUGCUUCUUGUAAAAUGUAAAUUGUUAUGUACCUGCUUGAUGCCCGGAUGAAAACAGGCCAGCUAAUGUUGUGAACCAUAGCAUCCGAGACGGGAAAAAAGAGAAAAGAUGGUAACAGUAGUCUUCUGUUUUCGUUUAUUA